AUGCUUUUCCAAAAGACCAUCCUUGCCUCCCUCUUCGCCAUCUUGGCCUUUGCCUCUGCCACCUCUGCCACUCCCUUUGGUCUCUCCAAGCGUGCUUGUGAUUACUCUUGUCCCGACAACUCUUGCAAUGACAAGUGCCAGGCUGCUGCUGAUGGAAAAGCCGUUGCCCCCAUUUGCCAGGAUGGAAUUAUACCAGGCUCAAUUGUUUUUUAA